AUGAAGUUUGAGGAUCUGCUUACUGAAUUGAAUGGCUUUGGCAGGUUCCAGACGAUGAUUAUUUGCAUCAAUUUUAUAGGACGAUUUAUCACCCCAUGUCACUUCCUGCUAAGCAACUUUAUCGCUGCCAUCCCGUCCCAUCACUGUGACAUCAGCUCUUUGGAUGUUGACGGGAUCUUUGGGAAUCUGAGCCGGGAGGAGAGGCUGACUGUCAGUAUUCCAAAACAGGAAGAUGGGACUCUUGCUUCCUGUCACAUGUUCUCUCAUCCUCAGUACCAACUGCUUUCAAAUUCAUCGAGCAGCACAGAUCUUCCUGUUGUUAGGUGUCAGAAUGGAUGGGUGUAUGACAACAGUACAUUCAGCAGCACUCUGGCCACACAGUGGGAUCUGGUGUGUGAUAAUAGAGGGCUGAAUAAAGCUGUGGCCACCAUCUUCUUUGUUGGAGUGAUGUUUGGAGCAGUUUUCUUUGGAGGCAUGAGUGACAGAUUUGGCCGUAAGCCGAUGCUGCUGGUGUCGUAUGUAUCAGCAAUGGGAAUUGCAGUGGCCAGCGCUUUUUCCUCCUCCUUCAUCAUGUUUGCAGUGUUGAGAUUCUUCACUGGAUUUACCAUCACUGGCAUCAUCAUCAUCACUUCUGUGCUCAAUGUGGAGUGGGUAGACAUUCAGCACAGAAGACUGGUUUGUGUGGUUGACAGUGUAGCAUGGGCCAGUGGGACCACUGCUUUAUCUCUUUUUGGGUUUUGUGUGAGAGACUGGAGAUGGUUGACAGUGGCCGUCACUUCACCUUUACUUCUGUGCACAAUCCUCUGGUGGUAAACACAAUAUUUCUA